AUGACUGGCAGGCCAUGCGACGAACCACAAACUGCCAGAUUCCCAUUUCUCGCAGGAUGUUGCUCAAUCGAAUGCGAGCAAUAUCACAAGCCUGUCGCCGGGCGAAUCCGACUCCUCGAUCCACAGGGCUACAACGCUGAGCUGGAUCGUGACAUUUUGCUGGAUGUGGGAGGAAUGUUGGUCGAUGUUGGGGCGAGUAGGGAGAUUGGUUGGUAUGAUCGCGGGGAGUGGGUGUAUUGGUUGAAUGACCCGAUGUGGGAGCUGGGGAGGACUAAUCUUACGGAUGAGGAGCAGGAGAAGUAUUGUGGGGUGGUAGAUGAGUUUGAGAGUGGAUUACGGCAGCUUGAGGAGGGUUUACCUCAGUCACUGCCGGUAAUGUGUGGCGGUGAUGGCGAGGUCGAUGCUCUCGAGGUUGGGAAGCAGGAAGGAGAGGGACUCGGCGUAUCAGCUUGA